AUGGCUUACCGGAAGAAGGCUGAAUUGGCCGGUUCUGAUAAUCCACACCAGAUCGUCUGUAAAAAGAUGGAAAAUUUGAUUGGACUUAUGCAACACGACCGGAGCGGCGUACCCGUCCGAACCGUGAAGAAAUUCUUAUCCAAAAUCCCGAGUGUGUUCACGGGUGCGGAUCUCAUACAGUGGGUCACUAGGAAUCUCGAGGUGGAAGAUCAACAGGAAGCGCUCCAUUUGAUGCAUCUCAUCGCCUCGUACGGAUAUCUGUUCCCAAUCGACGACCACGUAUUGACAGUGAAAAAUGAUCAAACCUACUAUAGGUUCCAGACCCCUUAUUUCUGGCCUUCGAAUAGUUGGGAGCCUGAGAAUAAUGACUACGCGGUGUACCUCUGCAAACGCACUAUGCAGAACAAAACGCGACUGGAGCUCGCCGACUAUGAAGCAGAAAAUCUUGCCAGACUACAAAAGAUGUUUUCGAGAAAGUGGGAGUUCAUAUUUAUGCGCGCAGAAGCGCAAGCCAAAGUGGAUAAGAAGAGGGAUAAGAUCGAACGCAAAGUCCUCGACAGUCAAGAGAGAGCGUUCUGGGAUGUUCAUCGACCUGUGCCUGGCUGUGUCAAUACGACGGAAGUCGACGUCAAAAAAGCAUGUAGAAUGAACAAAAAUAAGCCGACGACCAGCGGAGAAACGGCGAGCUCAUCUUCCGCGACCCCCAUGGAGAGUUUGAAGGCCGAAGCUGAGACCUUGCGCGCACGCCUUGACCGCGUGACUGUGAAGUCGUCAAAAGUCGCGGAGUCCUACCUCGGGUAUUUCGAGCAGUACGCAGAGUACGACGCUUUCGUCACCCCUGCGGAGCCUUCGAACCCCUGGAUUUCGGAUUCGACGGAGAUGUGGGAAGCUGAAAAACAAAACAAGGAAAUCGCGCCCCGGAGGGUUAGAAGGUGGGCCUUCUCACUGAAUGAGUUGUUGCGAGACCCUGCGGGCAAAGAACAGUUCUUCCAAUUCCUCGAAAAGGAAUUUUCAGCUGAGAACCUCAAGUUUUGGGACGCCGUCCAGGAUCUGCGACGGCAAGUGCACUCGAAAGAAGUGUCCACGAAAGUGCACGAAAUCUGGAACGAGUAUCUAGCCCCAGAAGCAAAUUGUCCAAUCAACAUCGACUCCAAGAGUUUUGAACACACAAAGACGAACGUCGGAGGUGUAUGCAAUCGCUGGACAUUUGAAGAAGCUGCGGCUCACGUGUAUCAACUGAUGAAGAACGACAGUUAUCCCAGAUACCUUCGGUCGGCCAUGUACAAGGAGUUUUUGAAUGGCACUAAGAAGAAAACAUCUGUCAAGGGUCUCAGGUCAGUGAUAUCAUUUACUGCCACUCGAAAGGAGUCGUAA